AUGUCCUUCAGGGCUGUGAUAAGUAAUGCAGAUAAACACAAUGUAUGGUAUAGGACUGUCUAUAUGCUAUCGACCAUUAAUGAAAAUAUCAAAAUGACUAUAACUUCUUCAGAGUUGAUCAUUUGGGCAAUGAACAGUACGGAUACAACACUGUCUCAAAUACGGUUCUCCAAAACUUUUUUUGAUGAAUAUGAAUUCAGACCAUACGAGAUUACAUUUGGAGAAGAGGGAUUGCAGGUAACGGCCGAUUUAAGAGGUAACGAUUAUAAAUUAUAUUCUAUUGAGAUUAAAGGGAAGCAUUUAACUACGAUUUCAAGAAAACCGGAUGGAGAUACUGUCACUAAGUUUAUUAUUUCAAUAAAUAACGGCGCUACUUGUUCAGAAGCUCUUAUUAAUAGAUUAUUAGUGACCGUGGAAAUGGAAUCCUUAAUUAAGAAAGAAUAUUCCCCACAGUUUGCGCCCAUAAGGUAUGAUCCCAUAGUAAUUGAUUUAAAAUAUAAGCGUAAAUUUUUAGAUGUAUUUGGUACUAGUGCUGAAACCACCAAUCCAGAAGAAAUUUUGGAUCCUAAACUCAUUGCUGUUUUCAAUGAUUUGGAACAAGAACUUUCCUUGGCUUUAUUUAAUGAUAAUGUUCGGUCAGAACUUAGACAACACAGCCAGCUCAGUAUCGAAGAUGAAAUUAAUUAUAUUUGUUGUAAUCAGACCCUUUUAAAGAACUUUAUUGAAAACUGUAAUCCAAAUAUUACCGAAACUAUAAAGCUGGAGAUAAAUACACGAAAGAUGAUCAUAACUGCCUUCAUGAAGAAGAUAAAUGGAAAAGAUGAUGUGAUUUUAAAAAAUGCCUUGAGUAUGAGUAAUACUAUAAGUACCGUAGAUUUAGAGCAUUACUGUAUUUUUACUGUAGAAAACGAAGCACCUGAGGGAAGAAGCGGCGCAGGUAGAUCCAAAGAAGGCAGAAAAUAUGUCGAUUUCAGGCUGAGAGAUUUCAGGAAUUUUAUGAACCUUCUGUCUUCGUGGAAGCUACAAGGCAAUGGUGGUGUUAAUAACAUAAAUAUUUGGUUUUGUCACCCAGGUGAUCCAAUAUUAAUCGAAAUGUCUAGAGCCGGUGUCAAAAUGCAACUUGUUCAAGUAACUGAGGCUAGUAUGGUAUCUAGCAAGAACAGUAUGGAAGGUGCAAUAAAGAAGAAUACAUCACCAAACCCUGUUCGUCCAGCGAGUGGAAAUGGGAACAUGCAAGCUACAAAUAUGAGCCCUCUGAAAUCAGACAUGGAAAAUCACCAAGAUACAAGAGUAAAUAGUCGUAUCAGUCCAUUGAAAAACGUAGCCCCACCUAUUCCAGUGCUGCGUAGUAACAUGCCAGUAGAAUUGCCUGUUGUUAGAAAAUUAUUCGUUUCAGAGAAUUCCCAGGAAGAUCACGAGGCAAACAAUGUUCCGUAUACCUCUAUUGCCGGCAGUAUACCAUCGAAUGCACAUGAGGAGCCUAAUGACGAUAACCAACACGAUGCUGUUGAUGAGCAAGACUUCGCUAUUGCUGGAAGACAUGAGACCACAAUAGGGUGGGGGAAGCGUAACAGCAGUGAAGCCUUUAAUGAUGCCAGCGACAGAGUUUCUGAAGCUGAUAGGCAAAUGGUACUUAGAAGGGAGAAAGCGAAGUAUCUGAGAAUUUCAGACUCUGGAGAUGGAAAUGAAGGUAGUCACGAUAAUGACGGUAAUGAGGCAGCCCAAGGGCUGGGACCAACGCAGCCCUUCAAACCUAAAGGUCUCUUCGACUGA